AUGGAAGACAAGAGUAAGGACCACCGGGGUUUGCUCAACCAAGGAGAGGAGAAUGAACUGGAGGUGUUUGGUUACCGGACCCAGAAUCUCCGCAGAGCUCUCUGCCUUAUAGCCUCCGUGCUUACCUGUGGGGUUCUUCUGCUUGUGUUCUACUGGAAGCCACAGUGGAGGGUGUGGGCCAACUGCAUCCCAUGCCCUUUGCAAGAAGCAGACACUGUUUUGCUAAAAACAACGGAUGAAUUUCAAAGAUAUAUGAGGAAGAAAGUUAUAUACCUCUACUUAUCCACACUAAAGUUCCCCAUAAGCAAGAAUCCAGAAGAACCCGUGGUGGCUGACCACCACUCUGUCAUUAACAAAGCCGUAUUGAAGCCAGAAUUAAAACUGCGAUGUAUCCAAGUGCAGAAAAUCAGGUACGUUUGGGACUACUUGGAGAAGAGGUUUCAGAAAGUUGGGCUACUGGAAGACAGCAACUCCUGCCACGACAUCCAUCACACAUUUGGAUUGGGCCUGACCAGCGAAGAACAAGAGGUCAGAAGAUUAGUGUGCGGGCCCAAUGCCAUUGAGGUAGAAAUCCAGCCUAUAUGGAAGCUGCUUGCUAAACAGGUUUUAAAUCCAUUCUACGUGUUCCAAGCCUUUACCCUAACUUUGUGGCUGUCUCAAGGUUACGUAGCAUACUCUGUGGCCAUCAUCAUCUUAUCUGUUCUCUCCAUUGUCUUAAGUGUGUAUGAUUUGCGACAGCAAUCAGUCAAGCUGCACAACCUUGUGGAGGAUCACAACAAAGUCCAGGUUACGGUCACCGUAAAGGGCACAGGUUUGCAGGAGCUGGAAUCCCGUCUCUUGGUUCCUGGAGAUACUCUUAUUCUUCCAGGAAAAUUCUCAUUGCCUUGUGAUGCUAUUCUGAUUGACGGAAGCUGUGUGGUGAAUGAAGGCAUGCUCACAGGAGAAAGUAUACCUGUCACAAAGACACCAUUGCCCCGUGUGGACAGCACCAUGGCCUGGAAAUCCCACAGCUUGGAAGAUUAUCGGAAGCAUGUCCUUUUCUGUGGGACAGACGUUAUCCAGGUCAAGCCGUCUGGGCAGGGGCCAGUGAGAGCAGUUGUCUUGCAAACAGGUUACAAUACUGCCAAAGGGGACUUGGUAAGAUCCAUCCUCUACCCUCGGCCUCUGAACUUCAAACUAUACAAUGAUGCCUUCAAGUUCAUAGUGUUCCUGGCCUGCCUUGGAGUUGUGGGUUUCUUCUAUGCCCUUGGUGCAUAUAUGUACCAUGGAGCUUCUUCAAGAGAUACCACAACCAUGGCCCUGCUCCUCUUCACCGUAACUGUCCCUCCUGUGCUGCCAGCUGCCCUGACUACAGGCAUCGUGUAUGCACAAAAGAGGCUGAAGAAAAAGAAAAUCUUCUGUAUCUCCCCACAGAGAAUCAAUAUGUGUGGGCAAAUAAACCUCGUGUGCUUUGACAAAACUGGCACUCUUACGGAAGAUGGGCUGGACCUCUGGGGGACUGUCCCAACUGUUGACAACUGUUUUCAAGAAGUCCAUAGCUUUGCCUCAGGCAAGACUUUGCCAUGGAGCCCGCUGUGUGCUGCCAUGGCUAGCUGCCACUCUCUGAUCCUUCUCAACGGGACCAUCCAGGGAGACCCACUGGACCUCAAAAUGUUUGAGGGCACUGCCUGGAUAAUGGAAGAUUGCAAUGCAGACUAUGGUAAAUUUGGGAUGUCAGAUUCAAACAUCGUAAUAAAACCAGGACCAAAAGCCAGUUGGAGUCCUGUGGAAGCCAUAGCCAUCUUGCGCCAGUUUCCAUUCUCCUCAAGUCUGCAGAGGAUGUCUGUGGUCACUCAGGUGGUCGGGGAGGAUCACUUCCAUGUCUACAUGAAGGGUGCCCCGGAGAUGCUGGCCAAAUUCUGCAAGCCUGACACAGUACCCAAGGAUUUCCCACAGAAACUGAGGAAUUAUACAGUACAAGGCUUCCGUGUUAUUGCCCUUGCCCAUAAAGACUUGAAGAUGGAGAAGCUUUCAGAAUUACAGAAUUUAGCCCGAGAGAAAGCAGAGUCAGAGUUGACAUUUCUGGGACUUCUCAUAAUGGAGAAUCGGUUGAAAAAGGAAACCAAACCAGUCUUGAAGGAACUGAGUGAAGCCCGCAUCAGGACGGUGAUGAUUACUGGUGACAACCUUCAAACAGCUAUUACUGUGGCAAAGAAUUCUGAAAUGAUUCCUAGAGGAAGCCAAGUGAUCCUUGUUGAAGCCAAUGAACCAGAAGAUUUUGUUCCUGCCUCUGUGACUUGGCAACUGGUCGAGAACCAAGAGAAUGGCCUGGGGAAGAAUGAAACAUACCUUAACAUUGGGAACAGUUCAGUGCCUGAUGGAGCAAGAGGGAGCUGUUACCAUUUUGCAAUGAGUGGGAAAUCAUACCAAGUGAUAUUUCAGCAUUUCAACAGCUUGCUUCCAAAAAUUCUGGUGAAUGGAACCAUUUUUGCAAGAAUGUCUCCUGGACAGAAAUCUAGUCUUGUUGAAGAAUUUCAGAAAUUAAAUUACUAUGUGGCCAUGUGUGGAGAUGGGGCUAAUGACUGUGGGGCUUUGAAAAUGGCUCAUGCAGGCAUUUCGCUGUCAGAGCAGGAAGCAUCUGUGGCCUCCCAUUUCACCUCGAAAAUAGCCAACAUCAAGUGUGUGCCUCAGCUCAUCAAAGAAGGCCGAGCUGCUCUGGUUUCAUCCUUCGGGGUAUUUAAAUACUUGACCAUGUAUGGCAUAAUCCAGUUUAUUGGUACUUCACUGCUCUAUUGGCAACUACAGCUCUUUGGGAAUUACCAGUACCUCAUGCAAGACAUAGCCAUUACUUUGAUGGUCUGUUUAACAAUGAGUUCAACUCAUGCCUACCCAAAGCUGGCUCCUUACCGACCAGCAGGACAGCUCCUCUCUCCACCUUUGCUGCUCUCAGUCUUUUUGAACACCUGUUUCACCUGCAUUGUGCAGAUCUGUGCAUUUCUCUAUGUGAAGCAGCAGCCCUGGUAUUGUGAGGUCUACAGAUACAGUAAGUGCUUUCUGGACAACCAAAGUAAUUUCUCAACGAAUGUGAGUUUGGAGAGAAAGGGGACUGGAAAUGCGACUCUGAUUCCUGGUUCAAUUUUAAGUUUUGAGAGUACCACACUGUGGCCCAUCGCCACCAUCAACUGCAUCACGGUGGCGUUUAUCUUUUCUAAGGGAAAGCCAUUUUGAAAACCCAUCUACACAAACUAUAUAUUUUCAUUUCUGCUGAUGUCUGCCUUGGGUCUCACAGUUUUCAUUCUGUUUUCUGACUUUCAAGAUAUAUACCGUGGAAUGGAGCUCAUCCCAACCCUGACAUCAUGGAGGGUUUCAGUUUUGGUGGUAGCCCUCAUCCAAUUCUGUGUGGCCUUCUUUGUAGAGGAUGUCAUCCUUCAAAACCAAAAGCUCUGGCUAUGGAUCAAAAAAGAAUUUGGAUUCUCUUCUAAAAGUCAAUAUAAAAACUGGCGAAAAAAGCUGGCAGAAGACUCCACCUGGCCUCCUACACACAGAACGGAUUAUUCAGGUAAUGACAAAAAUGGAUUCUACAUCAACCUUGGCUAUGAGGACCAUGAACAGAUUCCAAGAGCAAAACUCGAAUUGGGAGGCCAAAGCACAGAACAGCAUUUUUUGACGAGGCUGUAA